AUGCCUUCGACCGACUCUUUGUCCGAUCCCCAGGAGUACCAGAAAAUCUUCCACUGGGCUGAAACUCAGAAGGAUGGCACGAUCCCCUCUUUCAAUACACGACGGAAUGAUCCUUACGAGUACCAAGCCGGCUUUGGCAACGCCUUCGCCUCUGAAGCAAUCCCUGGCACCAUUCCACAGGGCCAAAAUAGCCCUCGCAAUGUGAGAUUUGGUCUAUAUGCCGAGCAGAUGACUGCUACGGCUUUUGUCGCUCCGCGACACUGCAACAAGAAGGCGUGGCUCUACCGUGCCCGUCCCGCCGUCGCCCACCAAGGCUUUACCGAGCUCCCAGACAACAAGGAUACGGAGGCAAAUUUCUUGCCUCUAAACCCUCGCAUCCACGUUUCUCCCACCCAGCUAGCAUGGCAUCCGUUUGAUAUCCCCGAAUCGGGAGAAGUCGACUUUGUGUCAGGGUUGAAGACGGUCGCUGGCUCGGGCGAUCCAACUCUGCGGGAGGGUCUUGCCACGCAUGUCUAUGUUGCUAAUACUAGCAUGAAGAAAAAAGCUUUCGUCAACUCGGACGGCGAGUUCCUCAUCGUUCCCCAACAGGGUGCACUCGAUAUUCAAACCGAGUUUGGACCCAUGCUGGUGCAACCAGGUGAGCUUUGUGUCAUCCAGCGCGGUAUCCGCUUCAGUGUAAAUUUGCCGGAUGGUCCCUCUCGUGGAUACAUUCUCGAGGUCUGGGGCACACAGUUCGAACUUCCUGAGCUGGGACCUCUAGGUGCCAAUGGCCUUGCCAAUGCGCGUGACUUUUUGAGUCCGGUGGCUAGAUAUGAGAUCUCUCAGGAGCCAUGGGAAAUUAUCUACAAGCUUGGUGGCAAGUUCUUUAAAAGCACCCAAAACCAUAGCCCAUAUGAUGUAGUCGCAUGGCAUGGCAACUAUGUCCCCUAUAAAUAUGACUUAACCAAGUUUGUCAAUGUUGGUUCCAUCUCUGUGGACCACAUUGAUCCAUCUAUUUUCUGUGUGCUUACAGCGAAAUCCCGCGAUCUCACCGCGCCGCUUGCUGACUUCCUUACGUUCUCCCCUCGCUGGGAUGUCGCCUCUCACACAUACCGACCUCCUUACUACCACCGUAAUGCCGCCUCCGAGCUUAUGGGUUUGAUCUACGGUGGCUACGGUGGCCGAUCAGAUGCCUUCCAGCCUGGCAGUGUUUCAUUUGAAUGUGGCAUGGUCCCACACGGUGUCGCCUAUGAAGAGUUCAAACAAGCGACUGAAAACGAACCACCAGUGAUGCAAAUAUCGCAAGCUUCAAUCGCCUUCAUGUUCGAGUCUUGUCGUCCUUUCACGAUUACUGACUAUGCGUGGAACAGCGAGAAGAAACAUGAACAUGAGCCCAAGAUGUGGGACAACUUGGUGGAUAAUUUCUCGAAGCAUGCCAAGGAAGUCGAGGAGAUUCUGGCCCCUAAGGCAAAGGGGCUUUCUAUUUCCUGA